UCCACUGCAUUAUACCCCGCAAUUCCUGUUUUGCUUUAUUAGAUAUCAAGCAAAUGAGUAAUGUUAAGAAUGUCGUGGAUCUGGAUGACAUGUUCUACGAAAACUUGUCAAUCGGACUUGCAAAGAAAUUUACAGACUGCAUUCCUCGAAUCACCAACGUGACUUGCGAGAAACGAUUGCCAUGUGAAAAGGCGCAGGUUACCGCAUGGGAAUCGAGACAUAACAUCUAUUUGCCGGACGAUAUGAAGCGGUUCUAUCUGUCCACGGAUGGAUUCAAUUUCUAUUGGAGCUAUCAGUAUUCACCCAAUGAUAUACGUCGCGUUGGACACAUUCAUAUCCCACAUCUGAUACAAAUCACUCUUGUACGCGAUAAUAUUGAUACUAUCCUUAGUUCGAGUCCUAACACUGCCGUUACAAUUCCGCCUAUUAUUCGUCAGUCAAAUUACAUCGAUUCAUCAUCGGGUUAUCUGAACAACUUGAAUCUGAACUCAAGGAGUAAAAUAUUUGAGCUUAGUACCAUCACGGAUCUGGCGAAGGUUUGUUUGGUGUAUGAAACCCCAGAAUCGUCCAAUCCGAAAAUAUUUCUACUCGAGAUGGGAUCAUUCAAAUGGCAGUUCCUAGCAGACACCUUCACUGAAUAUCUACGGAUGAGCAUUGCACAUCUCGGUUUACCCUACUGGGAGCUGUGCUUUUCAAACUGUGGAUUACCAUCGUGGACCGAGCAGCUGUUUCUACUACUCGCACCGCAUUUGUUGGAAAAGAAUGAAAACCGUAGGCUCAAGAAUAUAAUAUAUGUUAAUGAAAAUCCACCAUACAAUGUUCUCGAUCCUGCUGUUUUCAGAACCAAAUCUCGCUGUUCUAGGCAAAACCAGAAAAAUAGAAUAAACAACUAGUUUAGCAAAGUGCGAACAGUCACAAUUAUAUUUCUCAUUAAUAUCAAACAAAAACUAA